GAGGAGAUAAAGAGUCUGCAGUGCGUGGAGUUCUGGAAACAACUUGUCUAAUCCUUCAUCAUGUGACUCAUAGUAAUAAUCACUUCAUUAUGAAGUGACACUGAGGAGGAGGAGGAGGAGGAGGAAGAGGAGGCUGCAGGAGCAGAGGUGGCCCAGCAGUGAGUCCACGGACCUUCACGUCUUCACACGUCACACACCUGCAGUAAGUGACAAUAAGAUUGGAGUGUUGUUUUGUCUUUUUUUUUUCCUUCUUUUUUUUCUUCUCCUUUGAUUUCUUUUGUUUUUAUUCCUUAUAAACAACAGUUAGAUUCAAUUCCCUGUUGAAGUUUUCUGACUGUAGUGACUUGACAACAACUCUUGUCAGUCCAGCAGCUGCUCCUGCUCACCGACACCAGGCGUCUGUCGUUGGCUGUUAAUACUUUAAGCCGGCGGUUCAUUCACAGCUCUGUGUGUGGCUGGUGGUUUUUGCGUAAAUAACAGUUAAUUGUCGGGUUGAGGGGAAAGAAAAAAAAAAAAACAUGGCCUGCAACAGUUUUGACCUCUGACAUCAGAUAUUCAAAUGCAAAUGAGCUGGUGAAUCACGGCCUGGAAAUCUGUCCUAUAAAUAAAGACACGGACCGUCCUGUUCUGUUCUGUUCUGUUGACAGGGCCUGACGGACGUCACCUCGCUGCCGAACACAAGAAGAAGAAGAAGAAGACGAGGAGCCUGGAAGUUUUUCAUUGGCAGGUCCGAACCAUAUGAUGUCCGUUGCCGGGGCGCAGCCCUUCAUUAAACCGAUGCAGUCGCCACCGUCCGUUUCUCCUGGGAUCCAGCGGAGACACACGCUGCCCGCCAGUGAAGUGCGGCCGCUCAACACCCAGGACGCCACGAGCGUCUUUGAAAUUGAGCGAGAAGCCUUCAUCUCAGUGUCAGGUGACUGUCCUCUUCACCUGGACGAGGUGCGUCACUUCCUCACACUUUGUCCCGAGUUUUCAAUGGGCUGGUUUGAGGAGGGCCGGCUGGUGGCGUUUAUUAUCGGCUCCCUCUGGGACAAAGACCGGCUCAGUGCAGAGGCUCUGACUCUCCACAAGCCCCGAGGCUCCACCGUCCACAUCCACGUCCUGGCCGUGCACCGCACCUUCAGGCAGCAGGGCAAAGGCCCCAUCCUGAUGUGGCGUUACCUGCAGUACCUGCGCUGUCUGCCCAGUGUGCGCCGAGCCGUGCUGAUGUGUGAGGACGUCUUGAUUCCAUUCUACCAGAAGUCCGGUUUCAAGGUGCUGGGCCGCUGCGCCAUCACGGUGGCCAACCUGACCUUCACGGAGAUGUGGUACCCAAUCAGCGGCCACGCAUACAUGCGGCGCAACAGUGAAGCCAUCCGCUUCCCGCAGCAACCGCUGAGCCUGCCGCUGGCAAAGACUGAGGAGAACGAUGACGUGUGACCGCCGGAUGCUGUUCCUUUAAAACAAACAAACAAACAAACAAAAAACCUGCCAAAAGUAUAGCCCAGUAUUUCACUCUGUUCCUUUAUGCACUAAUAUUUAUGUGAAUUCAUGUCUGUUCCCUUUCUAUUGGCAGGAAUUGGAUAUAAAAAUUACUUAACUGUCGGUUUUUAAUAUUCAUUGCUGAUGACGAUAUAUUUUUCGGUUUUUUUUCUGUGGUCAAAAAUAUGGCUUUGUUUUUUUGCACACGGUAGACAAAUAACUUUGGUGUUUUUCUUAUAUGUUCUAGAGUUUUGUGUGUAGUAUGCAGUAUUUGAAGUAGAAAUGAAGUAAUAACUGGACGUGGGGGGGUGGGGGGGCAUUAGUGUAUUAUUACCGGAAGUACAAGGACAUAUUAAAUUUAAAACAUUCCGCAAAUGUUUUUAAGUUUCUGAAAAUAUAUCUAUAUAAAAAAAGAAACGCUGUUUAAAAUCUAAGUUUGUUCACUUCACUGACAAAAAGUUUAAACUUUAAUUAAGACUUUUUAUUUGUAGUUGUGGUUACGUCGUAAGAAAUAAUUCGACAGAAACUGUCCUCACUGUCACUGGACCGGGUGCAACACUGACCCACUGGGGGACCAAGUGCUGAGUUCCGUUUGUGUUUAAUUACAUUUACACCGGUGCAGCGCUGCGUUCAUGCGAGACCGGUAUAUUUAUGCGGUAAGCUGUCUCACGCUGAGCACCUUUCUGAGCUUCCCGCAGCUGUGGACUGACGUCACGCUUUAGCAGCUCAACCGCAGCUCCUCCAGCUCUAUUAGGGGGCUUUAGCCGUUGUAAACGUCUGAGGAUUUAAAAGAAGAUCCACUCAUCCGACCGACUCCUCCGAUGACCUUACCUGAAACAAACACGCACUGUGUGUGCUACAGGUGCCGGGUCAGCAGCUUUUUAACCACGCGUAGCCACAUGUUUGUGUUUUUGUUUUCCCUUUUUUUUUUUUUUUUAAUAUUUCUGUCUCUGUCUAAAUUUCAGUUCGGUAUUUUCUACACUUUUUGAUCGAAGAAAGAAAUGUUUUUGAUUCUCUCACUGUGUCUACUCACACUUUACCGUAAAGUUAUGCAAAAUAAGUUUUCAACAUUCACUUUCAUUCAUUGUUUUUCAUUAAAA